CGUGACUCUUCUUUUUCUUUUUCUUCCUCGAGCAUCCUAGACACUGUUACUGUGUCAGACGCCGCGUGUUGCUGCGACUACCCCGCCUGUUCUUCACCGCGUGUCCGGCCGCCAAAGCCUCGCCAACCAAUGUGCUCCAUAUAUAACCUGUAGCAGACCUAGAAUGGAUAACGCCCACCAGCCGCCUGCCGGCCAAGGGAGCACCAUCCACAAUCAUGACGCCCAAACCCUCCUUGAUGGCUCGGUGCGCACGUCCGGCGACACUGAGGGUACAGACAAUGGCUCAGGCUUACGUAGCACUCCACCCACCAGCCUCUUUUCGCCCCAUAUAACUUCAGUCCCUCCUUCUGAACCAUCUGCCUCAGUCGGUGAAGGCUCAAGACCCCGUGCAACCCACAGGAGGAUUCUCAGCCACUCCAGCUCCAUGCCCUCCCUCGCAAACCACCCCAGCAUGCCAAAGCGACCGGCAAGGCCACUGGCCCCGGAGGAACGCCCGCCCAUAGUUCAACUGCAGACAGAAAUUGAGCAGGCACAAAAGAGUGCCGAUGAUCCAAACACGCCCCUCGAGGACUCGGGCAAAAGACGCACCACCCUGGAUCUCAUGCGUUCAGAGCAUGCUUUUCGUACAGAAAUAAGUACCCUCUUCAGCGAAAGCGCUGGGGGCUCAGCCUCACGUGCUCCAUCCUACAAUAACGCAACAGGUCCUCUGUAUCUGCGAGCCUCCGGCGAAGCAAUCCCCCUUCCAGACCAUCUCUAUUCCCGUGGACUGCUUGAAGGCCGCCAUUCAGACAUUACCGUCAUAGCCUUUGGCCAGCGCUACUCUCUGCAUCGCUUGAUCCUCGACCGCGCACCAUUCUUCACCACUGCCCUUUCUGAGCCAUGGCUCGAAAGCCAGUCCAAAGAAGUCACUCUGCACCCCGAAGAGAUUGACUCUAGCAUCACCCAAGCAGCCUUUGAGCUUGCCAUACGGAAGCUUUACGGCGUCGACAUCUCGAAAGACAUGGAUGCUGAAGCUGUCGGUCUUUUUGCAACAGGAUGUUGGCUGGAGAUGCAGGACCUCAUAGAUUCGGCCAUUGAGUCCAUCUUGCGUCAGAUGGCCCCUGAAACGCUUGCCUACCUCAUCCGGCUCGUCACCUCCAAUUACUACGGCCGCUCCGGCGAUCGUAUCCUCGAGUCGGCCAAGGCCAUGCUGAGUAGAAACGGUUGGGAGAUGCCACUUAAGUACUGGGACGAUAUGCCGGGUGAUAUUAUUCGCGAGCUGGUGGGCUCUGACGGCUUCUUUGUAGACAGCGAGUGGGAUCGAUGGGUGCUCGCAAAGCGCCUCCUUGAUCGCCGACUGCGACUGGCGGCUAUUGAUGCUGGAUUGGUUCAGCGAGGGCAGAAACCUGUGCCGCAAGCGCCCAACUCCCUACGCUUCAUGGCUGUUCGUUUCGACGGCGUCUAUCGGCAGAAUGCCCUAACCGCCGCUCACUCAUCAUCCGACGCCCACGCCGAAUGGCUAGCGUUGUACACAUUACCCGACAUUGAACGCAUACUUGUGCUGCUGGACGAAGGCAUUCAUUACAUCCACAUGGAAUUUGAACAGCUUGAGUUCAUCAAGAGUGCUCGCGAUGUCUUUGGUCUCCCUGUCAUGCCUGACAGCGUGAUUUCUAGCUCGCUCUGGCAGCAGCUGGCCCUUCGUCAAAGGGUGCUCAACACGGAUGAAAACGCGCAGGAACUAGGCCUAUCGCAGUCGCUCCCUGGUCCCGAAGCAUUCAAUGUGGCUACCAAGAGUGGGAGCGAGUUGACCUCAAAGGGCCAACAAGUAGAGAACGCAGCCGAUAGUGGUCUAAUAAUUGGGUCGGAUAGCUGGGACGGAAACGGAAAGCCACGCAAGUUUUGGAUCCCAAGCUCAGACUGCAACAUUGUACUCGGUAAUGGAGCCGAACCUGUUGUUACAACGUCGAGCUCUUUCCAACGCCAUGCCUCGCGCCUGUCGGCCACCCUACAGCCCGAAGAUGCUCAAUGGGCAACAGACUUUGCAUCAACUCCAGCAACGCUGACUAACCCAAAUACACGCAUGGACUUUGCACGACGCCCGAUAUCUGCCGGCGGUGGAAACGCUGGACAGCCAAGGCCGAUUGCUUACACUGAGUUCCCUCCUUUCCGUUUCUCCGCCGAGUUCCCCAAUCCGCGUUUUCUCAAGGAGAAGAAGCGAGUAUACUCGCGUACGGUAUCAUACGCUGGAUCUCUCUGGAACAUUUAUAUCCAAAAGGUCCGCUCUGCAAAGAAUGUGCAACUUGGUGUAUACCUCCAUCGUGCAAAGGAGCGUGAGGUAGAUGAGACUGUCCAAGCCAGUGUUCUCAGCCAGCAAAAUGAUGGUACCGUUGACGAACGAAUCGGACGUUUGGAAAGGGAAAUGCUCAUGCGCAGCGAUCCACGCGACCGGAGACGCAGCACCCGUGUUCCCUUUGUAGACUCAACCGCCGAGGACGACACUUCUGGCAGCGGCGGCGACCCCGACCCAACACUCGGUUCUCCAGGUCUCCACGGCUCCAUCUUCUCCGGCAACACGCUCAGCUCGCGACGCGGCAACAUGUCGCGCAUCCCCUCGCGCGGCCUCCCCCAAUGGGGCUUUCAUAACAUGAACACCUCCCUCCCCCAAUCCAGCGACUCAACCGACUCCCCCUCCUGCGCCCACGCCCCCUACUCCCCCUCGGAACACGAAUCCGACACCUCAGACUCCGACCAAGAUUCUGACACAGCAGCCUACACAAACCCCUCCCUCUUAUCCCGCUCCCAGCGCAAAACCCGCUCCUUGAUCCCCGCUCUACCCCCUUACGUCGACGCCCGCCCCACUAUCAAAACAUAUUUUAAAAUUUAUAGCCCUUCGAAGGGGGGCAGAAUGUUGAGUAUAUACGAGAGUGCGCCUGAUCGGUUCAAUUUUAGUCAGAGUUGGGGGUGGAAGAGUAGUACGCUUAUGCUGGAUGAGAUUACGCUUAGUGGGGAGGCGGAGGAUGCGCUUGGGGGUGGCAUAAAUCCACCGCCGGUAGUCAAGAAGACGGAUGGGAAGUUGCGGUUUAUGGUUGUUAUUGGCAAUCUAUGAUUUCUUGAUGCUUUCUUUCGUUCGUUCGCUUUUGUGAGGGUGGAUGGAAAUGGGGAGGGGGGAGGUGGGGAUGGAGGAAGGUGUUUUUUUUCAACGAGGAUGGAUAUGGUUAGAUAUAUGGUGAUACCCGUAUGUGUCCUUUUUUCUUGGGAGAUUAUGGCGUUUUCUCUUUCUUGUCUUUUGAUCAGGGCUAUUAGAUUGAUAUUGUUCUCACGAACCCUUAUCUCCCACUAAGUUUUAUACGUAGCUACGCCUUGAAUCGUACACCC